AUGGAUGAUUUGUUUGAUGUUUUUGAUGAAGCUCCUCAAACAGCUCCACCAAAAAUAGAAGAAAUUAAAGAGGAUAUUCCAGCCAGUACAACAACGAGUAACAAAAAAAGAUCUCGUGAAUCUGAUGAACAAUCAAAAAAAGAAUCUAAAACUAAUGAUAUUAAGAAAACUAAAAAACAUGAAGAUAUCAAACCAGUUGUAUUUGAUUCAGUUGAAAUUGAAACAUCAAGAGAAGUUAAAGCAAGUGAAGGAUUAUUAUCUAAACCAAGUACAUCAGAUGCAGAUAAUAAAUUAAAACUUAGACAUCAAGUUAGACAUCAAGUUGCUAUCCCACCUUCAUAUCCAUAUAUUCCAAUUGGUGAACACAAAAGAAAAGAAGAUGCUAGAACAUAUCCUUUUGUAUUGGAUCCUUUUCAAGAUACUGCUAUUUCAUGUAUUGAUAGAAAUGAAAGUGUUUUAGUUUCUGCUCAUACAUCAGCUGGUAAAACUGUUGUUGCAGAAUAUGCCAUUGCUCAAUCAUUAAGAGAUAAACAAAGAGUUAUUUAUACAUCUCCUAUUAAAGCUUUAAGUAAUCAAAAAUAUCGUGAAUUACAAGCUAUUUUUGGUGAUGUUGGUUUAAUGACUGGUGAUGUUACUAUUAAUCCUGAUGCUGGUUGUUUAGUUAUGACUACUGAAAUUUUAAGAUCUAUGUUAUAUAGAGGUUCAGAAGUUAUGAGAGAAGUUGCUUGGGUUAUAUUCGAUGAAGUUCAUUAUAUGAGAGAUAAAUCAAGAGGGGUUGUUUGGGAAGAAACUAUUAUUUUAUUACCUGAUAAAGUUCAUUAUGUUUUCUUAUCUGCUACUAUUCCAAAUGCAAUGGAAUUUGCUGAAUGGAUAGUUAAAAUUCAUAAUCAACCAUGUCAUGUUGUUUAUACUGAUUUUAGACCAACUCCUUUACAACAUUAUUUAUUCCCUGCUGGUGGUGAUGGUAUUCAUUUAGUUGUUGAUGAAAAGGGUACUUUUAGAGAAGAAAAUUUCCAAAAAGCCAUGGCAACUAUUGGUGAUAAUACUGGUGAUGAUCCAGCCUCUGCUGAUAAAUCAAGAAAUGGUAAAAAGGGUAAAACAUUUAAAGGUGGAAAUAAAGAUGGUAAAAGUGAUAUUUAUAAAAUUGUUAAAAUGAUCUACAUGAAAAAAUAUAAUCCUGUUAUUGUUUUUUCAUUUUCUAAACGUGAAUGUGAAUCAUUAGCUUUAAAAAUGUCAAAAUUGGAUUUUAAUACUGAUGAAGAAAGAGAAGCUUUAGUUAAAAUUUUUAAUAAUGCUAUUGAAUUAUUACCUGAAAAUGAUCGUGAAUUACCACAAAUUAAAAACAUUUUACCAUUAUUGAAAAGAGGUAUUGGUAUUCAUCAUUCUGGAUUAUUACCAAUUUUAAAAGAAAUUAUUGAAAUUUUAUUUCAAGAAGGUUUUUUAAAAGUAUUAUUUGCUACUGAAACUUUUUCUAUUGGAUUAAAUAUGCCUGCUAAAACUGUUGUUUUCACAUCUGUUCGUAAAUGGGAUGGUGUUGGAUUUAGAUGGGUUUCUGGGGGUGAAUAUAUUCAAAUGUCAGGUAGAGCCGGUAGAAGAGGUUUAGAUGAUCGUGGGAUUGUUAUUAUGAUGAUUGAUGAAAAAAUGGAACCUCAAGUAGCUAAAGGAAUGGUUAAAGGUCAAGCUGAUAGAUUAGAUUCUGCUUUCCAUUUGGGUUAUAAUAUGAUUGUUAAUUUAAUGAGAGUUGAAGGUAUUUCACCUGAAUUUAUGUUGGAAAAUUCAUUUUUCCAAUUUCAAAAAGCUGCCAGUGUUCCAGUUAUGGAAGAUAAAAUGUUGACUUAUAAAAAAGAAUUGGAAGAUAUUCAUAUUAAUGAUGAAGGUAUCAUUAAAGAAUAUUAUGAAUUACAACAACAAUUGGAUAAAUAUAAUUCAGAUGUUCAAAAAGUUAUUACUCAUCCAGGAAAUAGUUUACCAUUUUUACAAGAUGGUAGAGUUAUUAAAGUUAAGAUUGGAAAUCAAGAUUAUGGUUGGGGUAUGGUUACUACAUUUGUUAAAAGAAAUCGUAAGAGUCAGCAAGAAGAAUUUACACCUCAUGAAGCUUAUGUUGUUGAAGUAUUCAUUACUUCAAUGUUUAUUGAUUCACCAGUUAAUUUAAUUAAAAAAUUCAAUCCAUUAUUACCUGAAGGUAUUAGACCUGCUAAAUCUGGAGAACAAACAAGAGCUGAAUUUAUUAGUAUAACAUUAGAUUCAAUUGAAAAAAUCAGUACUGUUAGAUUAAGAGUACCUGAUGAUUAUAAGAGUUCUACUGCUAAACGUACAUUAGUGAAAACAUUAAAAGAUUUACCAAAAAAAUUACCUGAUGGGAUUCCAUUGAUUGAUCCAGUUGGAAGUAUGAAAAUAACCGAUGAAGAUUUUAAAAAAUUAUUGAAUAAAAUUGAUAUUUUAGAAUCUAAAAUUUCUGCUAAUCCAUUACAUAAUAGUGCCAGAUUAAAAGAUUUAUAUGAACAAUAUUCUUAUAAAGUUAAAUUGGAAACACAAAUUAAACAACUUAAAGAGAAAAUAUUCCAAGCUGAAGCAGUUGUACAAUUAGAACAAUUGGGUAAUAUGAAAAGAGUACUUAAAAAAUUAGAACUUACUGGACCAAAUGAUAUUGUUGAAUUAAAAGGUAGAGUAGCAGCUGAAAUUUCUACAGGUGAUGAAUUAAUGAUUACUGAAUUGUUAUUUUCUGGGUUUUUCAAUGAUUUAACUCCACAACAAAUUUGUGGAUUAUUAUCAUGUUUUAUUUUCCAAGAAAGAGCUAAAGAAUUACCAAAAUUAAAACCAGAAUUAGCUGAACCAGCUAAAUUUAUUCAUGAAACAGCUAGUAAAAUUGCUAAAAUUAGUAAGAAUUGUAAUUUAGAAAUUGUUGAAAAAGAUUAUGUUGAAUCAUUUAAUUUAGCAUUAGUUGAAGUUGUAUUUGCAUGGUCUAAUAAUGCUUCAUUUAGUUCAAUUUGUAAAAUGACUGAUAUUUAUGAAGGUAGUAUAAUAAGAGCAUUAAGAAGAGAAAUUGAAUUAUUAAAACAAUUAGUCGAUGCUGCUAAAAUUAUCGGUAAUCAAGAAUUAGUUGAUAAAUUUGAUAAAUGUACUGAAUUAUUAAAUAGAGAUUUUGUACAAGUUAGUUCUUUGUAUAUGUAA